AUGGCUAUGUUCCCAGGAGCAGGAGACGACGAAGUACACGAACACAUACCUGGAGAAGUUGCGAUCGUCGAGGCUGACAAACCUUGGACAAUGUUCUUUGACGGAUCCUCUUAUGGGUCCGUUGGAGGAGCGGGGGUUGUCUUUGAAGACCCAAGAGGAGAACUGCUUUCAUACUCGUUUAAACUAAACUUCCCCUGCAGUAAUAACGUGGCGGAGUAUGAAGCCCUGAUCCUGGGUCUCCAAAUGGCGAAGGAACUUAACCUUGGAGGCGCUGAAGUCAAAGGCGAUUCUCGGCUCGUUACGAAUCAAGUAAAUGUCGAGUUCCACGUUAAAGAGCCUCAUCUGGCUCCUUAUCGGGAAAAAGCUCAAAGAUUGAUGAAUCAAACGGGCUCAACUCUGGAUCACACUGGUAGAGGUGGGAAUAAACACGCGGAUGCCCUGGAAACGCUGGCAAGUAAGGUGCAAUUAAAUGACAAUGAAGAAGGCACUGUUAAUAUACAAAGGAAACGAUUACCUAGCACUUGGAAAGAAGACUUGUCCUUCGAAGAGGCAGACGAUUGGAGAAGAGUAUACAUCGAAGACUUGACGCGGAUGGACAAAGAGCGAGUGAUCCCUACUCAGGCUCUAAAACAAUUCGUAAUGGUCCAAGGCGCACUGUAUUACAGGGAAGCCGGGGGAUCCCUUGCCAGAUGCGUAAGCAGAAAAGAAGCGCACUAUGUUGGGGCGGGCGUUACUUAA